GGGUGCAAGAAAAGGAAAAGGUACAAUGAAUGGGGGAGGAGGCAGUGCAUUUGAUACGAAACCAUUCAAUGCUCCGAACGCUCGUCUCCUUUACCUAGCUUUCUUCUUCUAUCCUCUGCAACUCUUCUUCCUCCUCCUCCUCUUCCGGCCUCGCCAUACUCCCACCGCGCUCAGCUGGCCGAGUUGCAGGUCGAGAAGGAAAGCUCCAUGGAGGCUCUCAGGGCGAGUUUGAUGUCGGAGGCUUCGCCGCCGCUGGGACAGCUGCAGCAGCUUUCGGGCGAGGAGGCCGGGUGGGUCGUCGAAAGGGGGAACCUUUUGGGCGAGGGGUUCUCCGUCGACGACCUCCUCGACCUCGGCGAGUUCGCGGAGGGCGAGGCGGAGGAAGUCGGAAGGGAAUCGGGACCGGAGCCGGAAACGAGACAGAAGGGAACGGAGAACUACUCCAGCUCUGAUUCUUCUCCUUCCUCCUUGUCUUCCGGUCUCACCCGCGAACUCCAAGCGGCGGCGGCGGCGCUGACGCAGCCGUUUUCGGAUAUAUGUCUUCCUGCUCGGGAUGCUGUGGAGGAACUGGAGUGGAUGUCGUUGAUCAUGGAUGACUCCAUCUCGGAGUUUCCGCCGCCGCCCUGUGACGGGGUCUCGGCCUUUUCUCCGCCGCCAGGAGAUGCACAAGAGGAGGAUCGCCAAGCUGGCGCCGUGGUGGAAGAAAGCCCCUUUUUGGGUCUCACUGUCUGCACCCUCUCCACGGAGGCCAUGGUCCCCAUGAAAGCCAAGCGGAGCAAGCGCUCGCGCGGCGUCACCGCUUCCUGGUCAGUCUCCGGUCCUCUCCACUUCGCAGACUCCUCCUGCUCCUCCGCCUCCUCCUGCGCCUCCACCUCGUCCUCUUCCUCCUUCCUCAUCUACGACACGUCCGCCGCCUGCGGCUCCGUGGAGCAAAGCCCCCUCCUCUACGACCAUCUCCACACCCUUCCGCUGCCCGCGAAGAAGCAGAAGCCAAAGAAGCGCGGCCGGAAGCCCAAAUUCCCCUCCUCCGCCUCCGGCCCCAACGGCGAGCGGCGUUGCAGCCACUGCGGCGUCCAGAAAACCCCCCAGUGGCGCGCCGGCCCCCUCGGCGUCAAGACCCUCUGCAACGCUUGCGGCGUCCGCUUCAAGUCCGGCCGCCUCCUCCCGGAGUACCGCCCCGCCUGCAGCCCCACCUUCGUCAGCCACAUGCACUCCAACAGCCACCGCAAGGUCCUUGAGAUGCGCCGCGAGAAGGAGGCCACCCCGCUCACCUCCGCUGCUCCCCCUGUCGCCUCCUUCUAAGCUUCCAUUUAAGCAGCAGUUUCCUCCGCAACGGACUAGAUUUUUAUUCUUCCUUCUUUUAGAAUCAGGCAGCAGUUUUUAGCUUCUUCUCUGUCUCCAUUAUCUUCUACUACUUGUAGCUUCCCUAGCGUCGACUUUACUAUUUUAAAUUAGUUCCUUCUUCUCCAUUAAUUUCCAUGUCAAAUAUAGAUCCUUAGAAUCCAGUGAAUUACCAUGUUCA